CUUGUAGGAUAAUUGUAACUAUUGACUAACUUCCUUAUAUGCAAGAAAUUGAGGAAGCUGCUGAGAAAGGAGAGCUCAAUGAACUUGUUCUAAUGAUCAUAUGUAAUUGCCUUGAUUUUGCUAGACUUGAUGAUGAAAUGGCUGUAAGAAAUCUUGAUCUGUUAUAUAGAAGGGUUGAGGAGGCUACUCCUGCCAUGAGACUGCUCAAUGAUCUUUUGAAUAUGCAUGAUGGGUUUGAUGAUGAAGGCUGGCUGAAGGAAUUCAAAAAUCGCAUGGUUGACACCUUUCCAAGAGAAAAUCUAUUUAGCGUUCUUGUUCUAGCAGGAAAUGAAAUUAACAAGUUAUGCUUCAAAUGCACACUUUAUAUGUCCUAUGGCUUUAGUUGAACUACAUGAUAGCCACAACUAGCAUGUUUCUUUUAGAACUCAAGGAUCUUUUGUAACAACUCCCCCUCCCCCUUUUUUCUUGAAUAUCUGGAUUUUAGGCUUUAUUCUCAACUCCAUAAUUUUAGGUUUUUGUGUCAACUCUAUGGUGCCUUUUCUUUUAGUUUCUGAUAUCUUCUGCAAAUCAAGUUCAUGAGACUAGUUGGUUUCCACUUUGGCUCCCUAUUGAUUUGUUUUUGGAAGAUGCUAUGGAUAAAUCACUGGAGGCAGCAACUUGUGCUGUUGAAAUUUUUACCGGUAGGAGUCAAUCCUUGUAUAUCAGUGCUUCAGUCUUGAUUUUUCGGAGUGGAUGAUACUUUAGUUCUUUUCGUAGUAUUAUUGAACCAAAAUAAUUGUUGCAGGUUUAGUAAAGGUUCUGUAGGCUAUUAAUGGUACCACAUGGCACAAUAUAUUUUUAGGUUCAUGGGUUUCAGCUCUAUGACUAGAGCAAAGGGUAGGAAUUGAUUUGUAAAGAAAUCAUGCUUACUGUGUGGGGGGAUGAAUUUAAUUUUGGGCCAAGGCCCAAAGGGCUUGAAAACUCAUACUUGAAAAGACAGGCUAGGCCCAUCUCUAUGAGUCAAUGAGUCAUAAGGUGAAAUGUCCCCCUAGACAAUUCCUGCGGAGUUCUAGGUAUGCCACCACCAUUGAAGCUCACAUCCAAGGUAAUAAACACGAGUGACCUUGGAGUAGGCAAAUGAGUGAUCCCGAGGAACCAAUUCCUCUUUUAAUUGAUAUGCCACUCUCACAAGGUAUACCUCAGGAAACACCCUGAGAGGAUAAGGAUCACAGUGAUUGUCACCUCUGCAUUAAUGAGAGGUUCUCUACCUGAUCUCUUCCGUAUUAAAUACAUAUAGGACAACUUGAACAGUACAGAUACCUCCCAAAAGUCCUGUUUCAAGAUAAGAGCAGGGGAAUACCAAGGAAAGAGGAGGUAAAUAUCCCUAAGAAAUCUGGCAGGGAGCAAGCCAGCUAGAGAGAGAAACCAGCUGGAGAGA